CAAACUGCGGUCUGAAGAACGCCGGCAGCCUGGGCAUGGUGGUGGGCGGAAAGACCACCGCUCCGCACGAGUUCCCCUGGGCCGUGGGCCUCCUCUACGACGGUCGGCUGAUCUGCGGCGGGACGCUCCUCUCCGCGCAGACCAUCCUCAGUGCCGCCCACUGCGUCAGCUCGGGGGGCGUCGGCCGACCGGCGGAACGGUACACCGUCCUCGUGGGGGCGCACAACCGAACCAGCUCAGGACGGCGCCUUCCCGUCCAGCAGAUACUCUGGCACAACCGCUACAGUGAACUGUCACUGCAGAAUGACAUUGCCCUGCUGAUCCUCGCCGAGCCGAUUGACCUGGAGGUGAUGGCCGAGGUCGCCCGACCCAUCUGCCUGCCCAACCGGACCGACGACUCGACGGGCAGCAGCAGCAGCCUGACGGGGCGGAUGGCGACGGUGGUGGGCUGGGGCGCCACGGCGGAGGGCGGCAGCCGCCUGCCGGAGCUGCUGCAGCAGGUGGCGCUGCCGGUGAUCAGCAACUGGCGGUGCAUGCUCGCCUACCUACCGCUGCCCAACUUUCCCAUUCGCAGUGGGCAGAUCUGCGCCGGCUACGACGACGGCGGCAAGGACAGCUGCCAGGGCGACAGUGGCAGCUCGCUGGCGCUUCCGCUUCCGUUCAAGCCAGAACGAGAAGGUGGGCAGGGGGCAGAAGGUGAGCAGCGCUGGACGCAGAUUGGCGUCGUCAGCUGGGGCAUGGGCUGCGCCCGGGCGCGCAAGCCGGGCGUCUACACUCGCGUCACCUCGCACCUGGACUGGAUUCAGGCUAAUGCUAAGUAG